AUGUCUACUACGACCACAGCCACCGAGACUGCUCCAAUCUCCGCGGAGAACAUCCUGCGCCUGUUCCCCGAGAUCGAUACCACCUCAGUGGCGCUUGAGGGGCACGAUGAGGAGCAGAUCAGACUGAUGGACGAGGUCUGUAUCGUCCUUGAUGAGGAUGACAAGCCCAUUGGUACCGCCAGCAAGAAGCUAUGCCACUUGAUGACCAACAUCGACAAGGGUCUCCUUCACCGCGCUUUUUCCGUCUUCCUCUUCGACGACCAGAACCGCCUGCUCCUCCAGCAGCGCGCCUCCGAGAAGAUCACCUUCCCCGAUAUGUGGACCAACACUUGCUGCUCCCACCCAUUGAGCAUCCCAGGCGAGACCGGAUCCGAUCUACCUACCUCCGUCGAGGGCGUCAAGCGGGCCGCACAACGAAAACUCGACCAUGAGCUGGGCAUCAAGAAGGAGCAGGUCCCCUUUGAUAACUUCCGCUUCCUCACCCGAAUCCACUACAAGGCUCCCAGCGACGGGAAAUGGGGCGAGCACGAGAUCGAUUAUAUACUCUUCAUCAAGGCCAACGUGGACCUUGACAUCAACAAGAACGAGGCCCAGGCUACGGAAUACGUCAGCCCCGAGGAGUUGAAAGACCGGUUCAAUGACCCCAAGCUCAAGUUCACUCCCUGGUUCAAGCUCAUCUGCGAUACAAUGCUGUUCGAGUGGUGGAAGCACCUUGACUCUGGUUUGGACAAGUAUAUGAAUGAACAAGAGAUUCGUCGCAUGUAA